CACACUUGUUCUUCCAAUUCCUGCACUUUGGAUCAGAAGAGAGAGUUUGAGAUAUAGACAGAGUCUAAAAGAAGAAGAACUAAUGGUGGAAUUUAAUCACCCAAGUCUUGUGCUUUUUCCACUUCCUUCUCAUAUUCAGUGUCAUGGUUGUACUUUCUUCAGUCCCUCCUUUUCCUUUCGCUUCCCUGGUUCUUCAUCUCUUCCACCGCAUCAUCAAACCCGAUUCCAAAACCUUAUGUUGUGUAUAUGGGAAGUUCUUCAAACGGAGACAGAGAAGAUGUUGAAGCUGCAGAAUUAUCUCACCUGCAACUUCUAUCAUCUAUUAGCUCAAGGCAAAAGAGCCAGAAAGUGUCUCUACUCCACCAAUAUUUCCAUGCAUUUAGAGGGUUCUCGGCCAUGCUCACAGAAAGUGAAGCUUCUAAAUUAUCUGGUCAUGAGGAGGUGCUAUCAGUGUUUCCUGAUCCUGUGCUUCAACUUCAUACAACACGUUCUUGGGAUUUUUUGGAAGUGGGGUCAAGUGAACAAGCAAGAAGCCAAUAUCAUCAUCCAUCCAAUGAUGUCAUAAUUGGACUUAUUGACACAGGAAUAUGGCCGGAGUCUCCCAGCUUCAGCGACGAUGGAGUUGAUGAAGUCCCUGCAAGAUGGAAGGGAACUUGCAUGGAAGCAUCAGAUUUCAAGAAAUCCAAUUGCAACAGAAAGCUAAUAGGCGCAAGAUACUAUGGCAUCCAAUCAAGCAACUCUAAUGGCACUGGCACCGAAUCAACUAAAGCCUCCGGGUCACCAAGGGACUCGGUUGGCCACGGAACACACACGGCCUCCACAGCAGGCGGUGUACUGGUGACCAAUGCAAGUUAUUAUGGCUUAGCCGAAGGAACGGCAAGGGGCGGUUUGCCAUCCACCAGGAUUGCGAGCUACAAGGCCUGCACCGAAGAGGGUUGCUCUGGCGCGGUCAUCCUCAAGGCCAUCGAUGAUGCAAUAAGAGAUGGAGUCGAUAUGGUCUCUAUUUCAAUUGGGUCAAGCUCCAUAUUUCAGGCUGAUUAUCUGCAUGAUCCUAUUGCUAUUGGUGCAUUUCAUGCGGAACAGAUGGGAGUUUUGGUGGUUUGCUCUGGUGGGAAUGAUGGGCCUGACCCUUACACUGUUGUAAAUACAGCUCCUUGGAUUUUCACGGCUGCAGCUUCUAGCAUUGACAGGGAUUUUCAAUCUGCUGUGGUUCUUGGCAAUGGGAGAACAUAUAAGGGAUCUGCUAUCAAUCUUUCGAACCUCACUAGCUCAAAGAAGUAUCCACUUGUGUUUGCUAAGAAUGCUGCGGCUAAUUUUACCCCUGCAGAUGAAGCAAGGAACUGCUUACCAGGAUCAAUAGAUCGGACGAAAGUUGCUGGAAAAAUUGUCGUGUGCGUUGACACCGAUGCCAUGGGGUCUAGGAGAAUCAAAAAGCUUGUUGUGGAAGAUGCCAAAGCCAAAGGGAUGAUUCUGAUUGGCGAUAAUCACAAUGGAGAUCCUUUCGAUUCAGGUGUUUUUCCAUUCACACAGGUUGACAAUGUUGCUGGGUACAAGAUUCUAAAGUACAUCAGUUCUGCCAAAUAUCCUACUGCAACCAUUUCUAAGACCACCGCGGUUUCUAACCAAAGACCAGCACCAACUGUUGCACUUUUCUCAUCAAGAGGUCCUGGAGAGCUAACAGAAAACAUUCUUAAGCCAGAUAUAAUGGCACCGGGAGUUGCCAUUUUAGCGGCGGACAUUCCGAAGAAUGAUCCCGGGAGUGUUCCAUUUGGCAUGAAGCCAUCUAAAUUUAGCAUAAAAUCCGGUACUUCAAUGGCUUGUCCUCACGUCACAGGAGCGGCUGCGAUAAUCAAGUCAGUUCACAAGGAAUGGAGUUCUUCAAUGAUCAGAUCCGCACUUAUGACAACAGCGACCUUCAUCAACAACGAGGGUAAGCCACUGACGAACAGUACGAAGAGCCUCGCGAACCCGCACGAAGUCGGAGUCGGAGAAAUCAGUCCUUACCGGGCUCUUCACCCGGGAUUGGUAUUCGAGACCACCACAAAGGACUUCCUCAAGUUCCUCUGCUACUCAGGCUACUCACAAAAGAACAUCAGCUCUAUGGCCGGUUCCGAAUUCCACUGCCCCGAAAACUCCGGCAAUGAGCUCAUAUCCGACAUCAAUUAUCCGUCCAUCUCCAUAGGCAAUCUCAAGCGGCACGGAUCGGCAAGAGCCGUCACAAGAACAGUCACAAACGUGGGGCCUGCGAAUUCGACAUAUGUUGCCAGUGUGGACAGUCCCGCGGGACUAAUAGUAAGAGUCUACCCAGGUAAGAUUGAUUUCAGGCAAAAUGCGAGGAGGGUAUCCUACAAUGUCUCGUUCCAAGGGAAAGAGGCUCCUGGCGGCUACAACUUCGGGUCUAUAACUUGGUCCGACGGCAGGCACUCCGUCCGUACAGUUUUUGCCGUCAACGUCAAGUGAUGUCAUGAAUUCGAAGUGGUUACUGUUGAGAAGAGAAGAGAAGAGAAGAGGGUGACUGAUGAUGCAAUGUAAUUCUCUUGAUGAUAAAGGCAAUUUUUUCUUUGUUCAUCAAGAGAAUUAACCAAUAAAAGUUUUCCCACUGUUUGUAUCCCUAACCAUCCUUAGAAAUAAAUUAGAAGGUCCGAUAUUCAUUGUUCA